CAUUAAACAAGACUUACAAACUCACACAACAUGCCUCGAGGAGCUGAAUACGCCGGCGAACCGCCCCAGUCCGACAACGCGAUCGGUCUUAGUCACGAUAUUGUCCACGGAGGAGAUGGAAAGCCCACAUCUGAAGAACCGAUACCGAGGGCCAGCAAAACAGCUCCCCUGCCCGAAGGCCUGAGUGAAGUCAACGAUGGUGUUCACAGUGGAGGCGGGAGCAGAGGAACACCUGCAAGUGGCAGUGGAAAAAGCGGACAUAUACCCAAAACGCUCGGCGAGGCGAAAGGUACACAUGUAGAAGGCAGGAAACCCGUCGAGACAUUGGCAGCAGGGACAGAAUCACAAACCACGAAUUUGGGCACCGAUCCAGCCCAUUACCAGGAUUCAAACAUUCCCGAGGGGAAAAAGAGGGUGGAGACCGCUAACUAGAUGUCCGCGGUAUGAAACAGCUUUAGACGGCUAAAGGGGCAAAAAGUUCAGCAUAAUGCAUCAUUGUCCUAUAUCAAUAUAUCUAUACCAUCCAAUGAUGUUGGCUAACCAGC